CAGUGCGUGAGGACGUUAACGAGCAGUGUUUAAACAGCAUAAACCCGCAAACAAUUACCCAGAACAGACUCUAAUCCUUUCAAUCUGUGUCUUUGUGUCUCUCUCCCAAACCCCAAAGGAUUUAACGUGAAAGUGACUCGAGUGCGAAAUGAUAUUCUAAGAAACAAAAGCGAAUCAAGCCAAAGCCAAAGCCAGAGCCAAAGUGCAAACAAAACGAAACGAAAAGUGUUCAGCAAAAUACAUUGCCAACCCAAACCCAUUGCCAAACAACAGGAAUUGGGCCCAAGGAGCCGCCAGACUGCACCCCAAUGCAGUCCCCACUGUAGCCCAGAGCAAGGAACUUCCUUUCUUCACCCAACUGAAGCAAUUAACUGAAAAUGUAGCAGUGGCAAGAACAUGGCCCAACUGGAACAGCAAAUGCCAUGCGAUGCAACUAGCAUAAAUAAACUGAAAGGAUUCCGUGAUUAGGACGUGUUGUACCCUAACGCUCUAAAUGCAGACGAUAUGGGCACAACAUGGCCUCAGCACAGAUACGACAUUUCUAUAACACACCAACAACAAUUUCUUCAACAACAACAACAACAACAACGACACGACAACUCUUACAACAAACACUGCAGCAGCGGCAACAACAGCAACAGCACACAAACAACUGCAACAGCAAACGGAAGCAAUUUCAAAGCGAAUUCUUUUUAUGCCACACACAAACACAAAGAGAACCGGAGGCAGCAUCGGCAACAUCAACAGAAACAGCAACAUUAUGCCAGCCAACACUCGGGGCAACAUCAGCAGGCAGAGGAGCAGAGGAGGUCGGGGGAGCUGCAACAGAUGAUGCACGAACGUGGAAAAGUCAUAAAGGUGCAACAGCCUGGCAAUGGACCACACCUGAGAUCGCUGCCAGCCACAAUCACGGAAUGCUGUCCACAGCUGGAAGCUGCCAAGGACAGCCAUAUCCUCUGGCAGGCUGCACUGCCACUGCCACUGCUCCUACUGCUGCUGCCGCUCCUGCUGCUGCCAUGCCAUGCCUGGCUCUGGCUGCUGUGGCCGCCUCUACAGGGAUCUCUAAGCAGACUGGCCUCAGCAGCAACACGACAAGCCCUCGCCUAUCACGCUUAUCUUCCAAUGCCAGCCAAGACUCUACGAAACCACAACGAAAGCCCCCUCAAGAUGGGCCCGGGAACACCAGCACUGGCACGGCGGACACUCACACUCCUCAGUCCGCCAGUCCGGUCAGCAUCUUCAUGGAUGUGCAGAAGUUUGCACGCUCUAUAUUUCCGCUUGUUAUCAUCUUCAAUCUGCUGCCCUUGUUCUAUGCAGGUACGUACGCAAGAUCCAAUCAAAAGCAGUGUGAUCAGACAUUUGUGUCGCGGAUUGGUGGGCCUCAGAAUGGCACCUUCUCGGCCCCGCUGCUGCACAAUCAUCGCAAUCAUUCGCGCCAAUGCCUCUACACUUUCCUAGCAGGACCUGGCCAGCGUGUCGAAGUAGUUUUUAAAUCGUUUAGUUUAAGAGGAAGUCCACCAGACGGUUCGGCCGUCGGUGAAUUACCAAGCUGUGUUCAUGAGUACAUGGAUAUUUACUCGGAGGUGCAAUCGUCAGAGCCUGCGGAGCUUAUCAAUUCACCAUUCGGUGGUCGGUAUUGUGGCUCCAUACCGCCGCGUCGUCGCAUUUCCAUGUACCGAGCCGUUGUCAUUUCAUUUUUUAGCAACAAGAACGUGUCCACCGACCUGUUCGAGGGCACGUUUAGGUUUAUAAAUGCAUCGGAAUAUGAAAUUGGCAUACCCAUUGCGGGAUCGCCAUGUUCCUACACGAUAACGCCGAGCAUGAGUGUGAAUAAGACCGGUACGCUCAUAUCGCCAACCUAUCCAGGUGCCUAUCCGAAGGAUAUGUCGUGCACAUAUCAGUUUCUUGGUGAAUCGAAUCAGAGAGUUAGAUUAGAGUUUCGUGAUUUUGAUCUAUUUUUUGGUGGACCACACUGCCCAUUUGACUAUGUGAAAGUGUACGAUGGCCCAGAUAAUUCGUCAGCAUUAAUCGGUACAUAUUGCGGACAGCAAAGAAACUUAGUUUUGUAUUCGAGCGAGUCGAGCCUUUUUGUUCAUUUUUAUACGUUACCGCGCACCGCAAAUACCCAGAAUCGUGGCUUUAAAGGAUUUUAUGAAUUUAGCGAGGGUUUUGUUAAAUUAGAUUUUAUACGUGAAAAUGAUGGCAUUCACAUACGUGGCUCAGAAUGUGAUCAAAAGAUUUUAUCGAAAAAGGAGUCGACCGGCUUUGUGCUCUCCCCAAACUAUCCCUAUCCCUAUAUACCAAAAACUGUGUGUAGAUAUUUCAUCUAUGGCAUGCAGGAUGCACAGCAUCUGGAGCGUGUGCGCCUCGAGUUUACCAGCACUUUCAACAUACCACAAGUUAGCCACAAAGACAAGAGCGAAUCCAACUGCACGGAUGGCUAUCUGAAGAUCUAUCUGAAGGGGCAGGAGACUGCCGAUGCCUACGACAAAUUCGACUAUGAACUUUGUGGCAAUGAGACGCAGCGCGUGAUCAGCGAGGGGCCGCGCCUGGCCAUGGUCUUCAGUUCGGGAGAGCUGCAGGGGCGUGGCUUCAAGGGCAAGUACACCUUCGAGACGGAGUACAAGAUACCCGGCACCGCGGCCCCGGAUGGCACCUGCAGCUUCACGUACGUGAGCAGCUCGAAGAAGCGCGGAGAGCUAAACAGUCCCCGAUAUCCCUCCAACUAUCCCUCGGACACGAACUGCUCGUAUCUGUUCCUGGCCGAGGCCAAUGAGCAGGUGACGAUUGUGUUCGAUCACUUCAAGAUCAAGGCGGACAACAAUGCAAAUGCCACGGCUGGAGCGUAUGGUUCGGGCGCCUGCUUUGAGGAUUGGCUGGAGAUGUAUGUCGUCUAUCGGGACAACAACGAUCGCCUGCUGGGCCGCUACUGUGGCCUGACAGCACCCGGACCCGUCGAGAGCCCCCGCGGCGCUGUGGGGCUGCGCAUUACGCUGCACACCGACCAGGAGAGUGUGGCCAGUGGCUUCAAGGCGCGCUACUUCUUCGAGUCGGCCAAAUCGGAUGCCGGGGACUGCGGCGGCAACUUCAGCAAUGAGGACUCGGGCAUCAUCACCUCCCCCAACUGGCCGGCGGGCUACAAGGCGCCUGGUCGUGGCCUGGCCUCCAAUGCCUGCAAUUGGGUGAUGACCGCUCGACCCGGCUACAAGUUGUCCAUUCACUUUGAGCAGUUCGGUCUCGAAGGAGAUCCAGCAAAUCGCGGCUGUCCUGCAGCUGUGCUGAGACUGUGGAUGAAUGUGGACUCUGACCAACCGCCGAUGGAGCUGUGCGGCGAGAAGCCGCCCAUCGAGUACUGGCACUACACCUCCACGGGCCAGACGGCGCGCAUCAGUUUCACCACCAGCGACAAGACCGUAGGUGCACAGGGCUUUCGCAUUGUGUGGACUGAGAUACAGGACUCGGGUCCGGGUCCGCCAUCUGUGGGCCUGCACUGCGAGUCCACGUACCACUUUCAGUGCGGCGCCGGCUACUGCAUCUCGGACAAGCUGCGGUGUGACGGUGUCAAGAACUGCGGUCCCGGCGACGAUAGUGACGAAUUGCACUGUACCACGGAAGCGGCCGAGGCGGAUCACGACGUUCUAAUUAUAAUAACACUAAUCGUCGUCUUGUCCCUAAUCUGUCUCCUAUGCACACUCUGUCACUCCAGAAGAAACCGUAGGAACCAUGUGCGCCAAUUAGGACUACAUCGGAAUGCGCACUACGACUCACAGACCAGUGCAACGGCGGGUCUCAGCUCCAGUCGGAGGCAUUUGCAGAGUGGCGGGGCUAGCAUAGCGGGCAGUUUGCAUGGCAUCAAUAGCGGUAAUCUGAUCAUACCACCCGCCCCAUUGCCACCGACGAGUGUGCCACCGCCGCCACACAUAUGCAUUGCCGGUGUGGACAUGGGACACGGCCUGAUGUCCAACGGGGAGGAUGACGACGAUGAUGAUAUGGACUUGGACGAGGACGAUCUGGUUGCGGACAUCUUCAUCAACGAUGUGCAUUUCGAUGAGGACAACAUUGAUCAUGUCAACCAAAUGGCGAACGUUUAACGAUGGUUUAGAGCAUUUUUAGGCAUUUUUAUCGUGACUUUCAGUUUCGGUUUUAAGACGCAUUUAGACUAAGGCUAACUAGGUAAAUGGCGAACAUAAGAGCAACUUUGCAGAGCAAGUGAAGUAGUUUUACGUACAUAUAGUGCAUACACUGGUACGCAGAUACACAGAGAAACAUACGUACACACGGACACGUGGACAAGAUAAACGAUAACUGGACAGAACAGAGAACAGAAAACAUAAACAGAAACAGAAACAGUAAUUCAAAAGUUAACAAUACCUAAAAGACAAGAAAUUAUGCAAAAAUGCGAAUUGAUUAAGACAUAAAUUUAAUGAGCAAGCCAAGCGCGAAGGAGUAGUAGAAAUUAGAGGAUGGUGAAGAAAAAAAAAGUAGUGCGAAAAUGUUGUAGUUGCGAUUAACAAGAGAUUAGCCGGGCGCGUUUCAAUAGCAGAAAGUAAAACGAAGGAUGGGAGGGAAGGAAGUAACAAACAAAUAAUAGCUACAUUUAAAUAUACUAUAUUAUACAUACACAUAGCGAAAUACGUAUGGCAGGAGAAUGUGAAAGAGCGGAGGAGACGGACAGUAGGAGUGUAAAAAGCGGGAAUUAGAGGAAGUGCCGGAAGUACGAUCAUUUUCAUAGCCACAAGAGACCGCAGACAAGGGGAAACCAAAACAAAAACCAAAAAAUAAAUAAAAAUAAAGUUGUUGAUUUUUAUAUUUGAUACGAGUAAUAUUUAGGUAAAGCAUAAAUUGAAUUAAUUAUACAACAAAUGCGAGACGAUGGAGCGUAGGCGCAAAAUAAAUGAAUACACAUUCUCGCGAACCGAUAGAUAAACCAAUACAGAAUAGAGGCAGCAGCAAAACACACACUAAAGGGCAUAAAACAAUAAUAAUUAACUACCUAAACAUAUGCGCAUGACAUGACUCCUUAUUUACACAUUUUGUACGUACAACAAAGCUUCGACACUUGAAGGCUACACACAAAUCAAACAAACAUACAAAACAAUGAAACAAAGAAACAAAAACCGCAGUGGCAAGAGACGAGCGAAAAAUGCAUAAAUAAAAAAAGAAUUAGUGACUAUCAAAACUGUAUCUUCCAGCAAAGAAUAAAAGCGCAGAGUUAAAUAAAGCUAGAUCGAGGAGUUUAUAAGCGAAGCAAAUUAAAUAAAAACAUUAAUUAGCGGCCCCAAAAAAAUGGUAAA